AUGCGUUGUCGCCUUGACAAUCCGGACGUGUUGUCCGUCGAUACCGUACACCAGCUGAUGAUCUCGUACAGAGAUAAUCAGAACUACAACGGGAUGAUUAGCCUUGUUGAAGAUCUCAGCCGUAUUGAAGACUGUACAUUGAUUGAUACGCAAGUGAUACGGUAUCAGUACGCAUUUGCACUGGCCAGGUAUCGUAAGGCGUUCGAGAUGUCGCCGUUGGAACAUAGUGGCAUCAACCUCACCACAUUGUUACGAGCCAGUGGAGAACACUUUGAAAGCAAUGCAGAAAUGCAGCAAAUC